AUGCCGAUGCUAACACUAAGUUUUGGAACAAUGGUUACUGUUUCAUUUGGAUAUGAGAAAAAUAGACUUAAUGUCUUUGAUUUUGGUGCUAUUGGAAAUGGCCUAAGCGAUGAUUCCCAUGGUCUCCAGUUCUAUAAGUGUGACAAAUUGGAGCUAAAUGGAUUUAGUUCCCGAAACAGCCCAAAAAACCAUAUAAAGAUACAUAAUUGUAAAGGAGUGGGAAUGUAUAAUCUUCAUAUAACGGCACCUUCUUACAGUCCUAACACUGAUGGAAUUGUCAUUUCUUUGUCAACCCAAGUCAAUAUAUAUCAUACCACCAUUGGAACUGGCGAUGAUUGUAUUGCUAUUAAGAAUGGCUCAUCCUAUAUAAACAUCACCCGUGUAAUUUGUGGAUCAGGCCAUGGAAUUAGUGUGGGAAGUUUAGGAAUUGAUGGUGCCAAUGAUAGAGUUGAAGAAGUGCAUGUUCGUAGUUGCAGCUUCAUAGGAACUAAAAAUGGUGCCAGAAUCAAGACUUGGAAAGGAGCUGGAUUGGGGUAUGCGAAGACUAUCUCCUUUGAGCAUAUCACACUUACACAAUCCCGAAACCCAAUUAUUAUUGAUCAGAAUUAUUGUAACCCCAGAAAGCAAUGCAAUUCAAGGGAAUCUAAGUUGAAGGUGAGCGAUGUGACAUUCAGAAGCUUUAGAGGAACUUCAACCAAUGAGCAAGCAAUUACAUUGAAUUGUUCAAAUUUGGGUUGCACAAACAUUUUGAUGGACAAUAUUCAAAUAUUCCCAGCUCAUCCUGGAAAGAGACUUCGUUCAUUUUGUAGGAAUGCCCAUGGAAAAUCACAUUUUACUACACCUAAUGUGCCUUGCCUAUCCAACAACUCAAUCUCUGGCUAG